AUGACUGCAGCAACACCGUCUCGCUGGCAUAAGCCAUCAUGCAUCAGCCCAACAGUGGUUAUGGAGAACAAUAAUACGCCUCGUUGCACAGCAUGUCACGCUGCGCCUGACCUAGAGAAGAUCUGCGCUGUCUCAGAGCAGCACACACCAUCCAGGCGCGACGCCGAUGCAAAUUCAGGAAAAGAAAACGUCCAAGAGGCGACUACAGACCUAAACCUGCGAUGGCCUUCAAGCGUCCGGUUCGUCAGGCCACAAUCUUUGUCGUCGCCGUCAACCGCCAGUCCGCAACCAAGUAGUACACAGCCUUCAGAUGGACUACCGCCGUCUAUCCAUUCGCUCAUAUAUGGCCAGAGACUCGCGCCAAAUCAAUUUCGCCUAGCCUGCCUGACGCCAACCACUAACCCCUCCCACCCAGUCCAUCUCAACCUAGAAACCUACGAAGACGACAACUGCCCAGAGUACGAGACGGCUUCGUACACCUGGGCCGGUGAGGAUGGAGACUCGACAGCCUGCUGCCCGGUGUUCUUCGGUCCGUACUGGGAUGUCUCGCUGCACACCAAGAACUGCUGGGAACUGCUCCGGUUCGCCAGGCCCACAAGAGGCAUACGGCUGAUCUGGAUCGAUGCUCUCUGCAUUAACCAGGCAGACAUCCCCGAGCGCAACGAACAAGUGCAAAAAAUGGGCAGUAUAUUCAGCAACUGCACAAGAGUCGUAGUGUACCUAGGCCCAGACAUCGUGGAGAACCAAGCAGAAGGGGGUCGAUUUCCUACCCGCCACAGGCUGCACGAGCUCCCCUGGCACGCAGAUCAGCUCAGCUCAUCGCCCCUCCAGCCCCCAGCCAGGAAGAGCAUGCAAGAGGUCCUGUCGCUGCGGUACUUCACGAGAAUCUGGAUCAUCCAGGAGCUCGUCUUGUCACCACAGGCGGUGAUCCGGAUCGGCCACGCAGACUUCGUGGCCGACUCGCGUACCCCAGCGAUAUCCAUGAAGAAGAUUCGGCCUGUCCUCGACGGAGAGAGGGCAGUGAUGCCGUGGCUCCACAUGGUUUCACAGCAGUCGUUAAGAGUCACAGACACCCUUGAAGCGCUAUCCAUUGUGCGGUAUUCUCAAGCAACAGAUCCCAGAGACAGGUUAUUUGGUAUCCUCGGCUUGAUCCGACAUGACCAGCCCGAGGGGCGACUCCAGUUUGACUAUUCUUUAUCCGACGAGCAGCUCUGGAUCGGCUUCUUCGCGCAUGUGCUGCUGGUUGAGAAGAUUUUCUGGUUCCUGGAAUUUGCGCGUGGUCACGGCGAUUCUAUCGGGAAACCGUCGUGGGUUCCACGAUGGGAAUCACUCGAGGCGUGGUCUGAG